AUGUCUAUUUCCAACAGCACUAUCUUCAUGCCCUCUGUGUUGACACUCAGAGGAAUCCCAGGCCUGGAGUCUGUGCAGUGCUGGAUUGGCAUUCCAUUCUUUGUCAUGUACCUCGUUGCCAUUAUUGGGAACUCCUUGCUUCUGAUCAUCAUCAAAACAGAGCGCAGCCUCCACGAGCCCAUGUACAUUUUCCUAGGCAUGCUAGCAGUCACAGACAUUGCCCUUGCUACCAGCAUUGUGCCCAAGAUGCUUGGGGUCUACUGGUUUCAUGCACAAGAAAUUAAUUUUGAUUCCUGCCUACUUCAAAUGUGCCUCAUCCAUGCAUUUCAGGGCAUAGAGUCAGGCAUCCUGUUGGCCAUGGCGCUGGACCGUUAUGUUGCCAUCUGCCAUCCACUCAGACAUUCUGCCAUCUUCACCCACCAGGUGGUCACCCAAAUCGGGGCUGCCGUCACACUAAGGGCUGCCAUACUCGUAGCUCCAGGCUUUAUUCUGAUAAAGUUCAGGUUUCAGUUUUAUCAUACAACGGUUAUUUCUCAUUCCUACUGUGAGCAUAUGGCCAUUGUGAAGCUGGCUGCAGAAGAUAUCCGAAUCAACAAAAUCUAUGGUCUGUUUGUGGCCUUCACUGUUGCAGGCAUGGACCUCACUUUCAUCACUUUGUCUUAUGUACAGAUAUUCAUCACUGUUUUUCGUUUGCCCCAGAAGGAAGCUAGGUUGAAAGCAUUCAAUACGUGCACUGCUCAUAUAUGUGUCUUUCUCCAGCUCUACCUCCUCUCCUUCUUCUCCUUCUUCACACAUAGGUUUGGGUCUCAUAUCCCACCUUACAUUCAUAUCCUCUUUUCCAGCUUUUACUUGCUGGUCCCUCCAUUUCUCAACCCCCUUGUGUAUGGUGCAAAGACCAAGAAAAUUCGUAUUCACCUGGUGAAACUUUUAUGUUCAUAA